GACAGACAGACAGAACAGACACCAGCUUAACUCUCCCGCAGUCUUUCAUUUUAAACCCGGGCAACAUUGUAACAUCACAUUGUCCUUUUCUUUCACUUCUACCCUCUUUUACUCCAUUUCAUCUUGACCAAGUCUUUUCUUUCGACAUUACACAAACAUCACCAUGACGCGUGCUCAGCAGACUCUCUCCGUUCUCCUACUUGUCUCCUCGCUCUACCUAGUCCUCUACCUCGGUCUCGUUCCUCUCAACGAAACAGUCCAGACUGAAGUCAUCCCUGUUCUCCCAUUCUACGCACUAAUAAGUUUUGGCUGUUAUCUUCUCGGCCGACUGGGUCUGGCCAUCCUCACAUUCAAUGACGUGCCCGAGGCGCAUGAAGAGCUACAAAAGGAGAUCGAACAGGCCAAGGCCGAAUUGCGCAGAGCGAAUGUCGAUGUCGAUUAAAAACAGCGAACCCCUCACUUCCCAAUACCAUAUCAGUUUCUUUUCUUGUUGAUUCGGCUGGUUUGUGCAAUAUGGUGGUCUGGUUUACUUGGA